CCGGUGUUCUGCGCCUUUAAGAGGCCGCUUUGUUGGCAGUGAAAAGGGGCUCGGAUUGGGGGAAGGGCCGCCGUGGCCGCGUCUCACUCCGCGUACUUGAGGUUUUCUCCUCCUCUCUGUACGGGGCACAAACCCCGAGCGCUCGCGCGGAUAACGGUGGAGUAAACCGCUCCUUACAUGCUGCUGAACCCCGGGCCCUGGAGCCUCCUCUCCGCGGGGACAUGCAGUAAUUACCGGGGAGAAAAUACCCACACUAGGAGAGAAAGGGAGGAAAAGGAAGAAGGGAAUAAAUAAAUAAAGGAGAGGAGAAAGAGAGACGCGAUGUGCGGCGGCGGCUCCGGAGAUGUGCGGCAGGGCUGAGAUUGUGUGCCGAGACUCCGCCGCGUCCAUCCGCCGUCCUGCUGCUCCGCACCGCCGCUCUGCUGCUCCGCACCGCCGCCGCUCACACGGUGUCCCAUUCAGGAGGAGGUGCAGGAGCCACUAAAUUGUUCUGAAAGGGGAAAAGGAGAACAAACAAGGGAAGUGGCCAUGGCUACAGCUGCCUCCUUCUUCUCUAACGGACCCGGGCCUCGGACGCCGAGCGACACCGAGAUGAACAGCGUGUACCGAGACCUGGAGCUCGGCACCGUGCUCACGCUCUUCUACUCCAAAAAGUCUCAGAGGCCAGAGAGGAGAACAUUUCAGGUGAAGCUGGAGACCAGGCAGAUCAUAUGGACCAGAGGGACGGACAAAAUCGAAGGAGAAAUUGAUAUUCGGGAGAUUAAGGAGAUCCGGACGGGACAGAAGUCUCGUGAUUUUGAGCGUUACGUGGAGGACUCGGCCGUCAGACCUGACCAGGCGCACUGCUUCGUCAUACUCUAUGGCCCAGAAUUCCGCCUCAAAUCCCUCAGUCUUGCAGCCACGUCGGAUGAGGAGAUGUCUAUGUGGGUGAAGGGUCUGAACUGGCUGGUGGUCGACACCCUACGCUCCCCCACUCCUCUCCAGAUAGAACGGUGGUUGAGGAAGCAGUUUUACGCUGUGGAUCGCAGUAAAGAAGACAAAAUUUCCUGUAAGGAUCUGAAGAGCAUGCUGAGCCAAGUCAACUACCGAGUCCCCAACAUGAAGUUUCUACGAGAGAAGCUUCCGGAUGGCGAGUUGAGGAGCGGCGACGUCUCGUACAGUCAGUUUGCGCAGCUGUACCGUAGUCUGAUGUUUGAUGCACAGAAAUCUAUGGAUAUUCCAUUCCUUCAGAGUUUUAUUGAGGGACCUGAGCAGAGGAUCACACUGGAGAAUUUCCAGCACUUUCUGAUUGAGUGUCAGAAGGAACUCUGGGCUACAGACAAUAACAAGGUUCAGGAGUUUAUGUUUCAUUACCUGAAGGAUCCACUGAGGGAGAUCGAUCAGCCUUACUUCUAUCAGGAUGAGUUCCUCACAUACCUGUUCUCUAAAGAGAACUCCAUCUGGGAUUCCACACUGGACCAAGUGCAUCCUGAGGACAUGAACAAUCCUUUGUCACACUACUGGAUUUCUUCUUCACAUAAUACCUACCUGACGGGAGACCAGUUUUCCAGCGAGUCAUCUCUGGAGGCGUACGCCCGCUGCCUGAGGAUGGGCUGCAGAUGCAUCGAGUUGGACUGCUGGGACGGUCCUGAUGGGAUGCCGGUCAUCUAUCACGGCCACACUCUCACCACCAAGAUCAAGUUCAUCGACGUUCUCACGACCAUCAAAGAACAUGCCUUUGUCACAUCCGAAUUUCCCAUAAUCCUCUCAAUUGAGGACCACUGCAGCAUUGUUCAGCAGAGGAACAUGGCCACGCACUUCAAGAAGGUGUUCGGGGAAAUGCUUCUAACUAAAGCGGUUGACAUUUCUGCAGACGGGCUCCCGUCACCGAAUCAGCUCAAGAGGAAGAUUCUGAUCAAGCACAAGAAGUUAGCAGAGGGAAGUGCGUAUGAAGAGGUUUCCACGUCCACCCCGUACUCGGAAAACGACAUCAGCAACUCCAUCAAGAACGGAAUCUUGUUCCUUGAGGAUCCCAUCAACCAUGAGUGGUACCCGCACUUCUUCGUUCUGACGAGCAGUAAGAUCUACUACUCGGAGGAAACCACCAGUAACCAAGGCAAUGAGGAUGAGGAGGAACACCGUGAGGUUGGGAAUGGCAUGGAUCAGCACGUCAGCGAGAAGUGGUUCCAUGGGAAGCUGGGGGCGGGACGUGACGGACGUCAGAUUGCGGAGCGGCUCCUCUCGGAGUACUGCCUGGAAACAGGUGCUCCGGACGGGUCGUUCCUGGUGCGGGAGAGCGAGACGUUUGUGGGAGACUACACUUUAUCUUUCUGGCGUUCAGGUCGUGUUCAGCACUGUAGAAUUCACUCUCGCCAGGAAUCCGGCAGCCCCAAAUUUUACCUGACGGACAACCUGGUGUUCGACACGCUCUUCGCUCUCAUCACACACUAUCAGCAGGUGGCGCUGCGCUGCAACGAGUUCGAGAUGAAACUGACCGAACCCGUGCCUCAGACGAACGCCCACGAGAGCAAGGAGUGGUAUCACGCGUGUCUGACGCGGAGCCAGGCGGAGAACAUGCUGAUGAGGGUGCCCCGUGAUGGAGCCUUCCUCGUGAGGAAGAGGACGGAGCUAAAUUCCUACGCCAUCUCCUUCCGAGCGGAGGGGAAGAUUAAACACUGUCGGGUGCAGCAGGAGGGACAGACUGUUGUUCUUGGUACGUCAGAGUUUGACAGUUUGGUGGAUUUGAUCAGUUACUACGAGAAACACCCUCUGUACCGCAAGAUGAAGCUGCGUUACCCCAUCAAUGAGGAGACACUGGAGAAGAUUGGCACUGCUGAACCGGACUAUGGUUCUCUGUAUGAGGGACGGAACCCGGGUUUCUAUGUGGAAGCCAAUCAAAUGCCUACAUUUAAGUGCACUGUGAGAGCGAUGUUCGAGUAUAAGGCUCAGCGUGAUGACGAGCUCUCCUUCAGUAAAAACGCCAUCAUUCAGAACGUAGACAAGCAGGAAGGAGGCUGGUGGAAAGGUGAUUUUGGGGGAAAGAAGCAGUUGUGGUUUCCUGCUAAUUAUGUGGAAGAGAUCAGCCAUACAGCACUGGAACCUGACAGAGGCGCGGCAGAAAACAGCCCCCUAGGAGACCUUCUGAGAGGAAGUGUGGACGUGUCUUCCUGUCAGAUCGUGGUAAGACCUGAUGGAAAAGGCAGUCGUCCCCACGUGUUCUCGUUGCUCCCCAUGGGUUCUCCGCGUACCGGGCCCAUGCUGGACGUCGCCGCGAGCUCUCAGGAGGAACUGAAGGAUUGGGUGCAGAAGAUCCGCGAGGUCACCAUGACGUCAGAAGCUAAGCUGGAAGAAGGGAAGAUGAUGGAGAGGAGGAAGAAGAUCGCACUGGAACUCUCGGACCUGGUGGUGUACUGCCGUCCGGUUCCGUUCGACGAAGACAAAAUCGGGACCGAGAGAGCGUGUUUCAGGGACAUGUCCUCGUUCCCGGAGACCAAAGCUGAGAAAUACGUGAACCGGGUCAAAGGGAAGAAGUUUCUGCAGUACAACCGGCUCCAGCUGUCCCGUAUUUACCCGCGCGGUCAGCGCCUCGACUCGUCCAACUACGACCCGUUACCCAUGUGGCUUUGCGGCAGCCAGCUGGUGGCGCUCAACUUCCAGACAGCAGAUAAGCCCAUGCAGAUGAACCAGGCUCUGUUUAUGCUGAACGGAAAGAGCGGAUACGUCCUGCAGCCGUCCCUCAUGAGAGACGACAACUUCGACCCGUUCGACAGACACACGCUGAGAACCGUGGAACCCGUGACGCUGAUCAUAGAGGUGUUGGGUGCACGACACUUACCUAAGCAUGGGCGGGGCAUCGUUUGUCCCCUGAUUGAGAUCGAGGUUUGUGGAGCCGAAUACGACUGCAACAAGCAGAAGACUGACUCUGAAGCGGAUAAUGGUCUGAACCCCACGUGGCCCCGGAAACCGCUCCGCUUCACCGUGUGUAACCCAACGUUCACCUUCGUGCGCUUCGUGGUUUACGAGAUCGAUAUGUUCAACGACCAGAACUUCUUGGCUCAGGCCACCUUCCCAAUCAACUGCCUCAAAACAGGCUACAGGGCUGUGCCACUGAAGAACAGCUAUAAUGAGGAUCUGGAAUUAGCAUCGCUGCUCAUCCACCUGGAUAUCAGCAGAGGCAGACAUGAGAACGGAGAGAUGUUGAGUCCGUUUCUCGGAGCGAUGAGUGUGACGACAGGAAGGGAGCGAUUAGGUGAGAGCGUGUCCUCUCUGCCCUCCGUGUCCUCCAUGUCCUCCAUGUCCUCUCUGCCCUCCUCCCCGGCUCAGGCUCUGGGGUAUCGGGGACGCGAGGGAUCGUUCGAGGCUCGAUACCAGUCACCGCUGGACGACUUCAGAGUGUCACAGGAAGCUCUACUGGAUCACAUGGACCCUCAGAACCGCUCCAGGUUGAUGCGAAGAGCCCGAGUUGGCGGAGACAAUCGCGUGUAGCCUGUCUACCAAACCCCCCCCUGUCCCACCCCUCCUCCACACACACACACACACACACACACACACACACACACGCCACCCAGGGUCCGGCUGGAGUGCUGAUGUCAUGGACUGCUGUGAAACCUGUUUCUAUGGAAACGUUGUCGCCAGCACUUUUGGCCUACAUUUCAGGCAGAACUCCAAUCUCUCCAUCUCUCUCUCGCUCUCUCUUCAUCUCUCUCUCUCUCUCCCUCCCUCCAUCUCUCUCUCUAUCUAUCUGGAGACACACACUGGGGACAUGCGGCGUAACGAGACACCGUCUGAAAGACAUGCACACGUUCAUCGUGGGAUGUUCAGUAGCACGAAAGACUGAAGAAACAUGAACAUCUGGGACGGGAUUGUGUUUAAAACUACUUUUUUUUCAUCUCUCCAUCUCUAUUUCCAUCUCUUUCUCUGGUGCAUAGAAAUCUAUAGGUCUAUCUAUAAAUGUAUAAAUAUAUGAUAUUUAUUCCGGCUCUGCUGUUACCAGAGAACAGCUGCAGCUGAUCCGCUCUCAAAGAGCUUCUUCUCCCCGUCUCUCUUAUUUAAACGCAACAUUUUUUAACUUCCA